AUUAGGAAGAGUGAGUGGAAGUCAGCGUCUUGAAGCUUCUCUCUCUUCCUUGAGAAAUCAAGGAAUUUGACGCGCAUGUUUGUAAAUUGCAUGUAAAGAUUAGAGUUCAAAGGAGAUUAUUGAUAUGAAUCUGCGAACUGGCUGAAUUUAUAGAAGUGAAAACGAAAGUGAAGUGCCUGAGAGUGCGCACCAGAAAGGAAAGUGACAGACAGAGUCAAUAUGGCUGCUAACGUAUCACAGUCUGAGGAGGCUUGCACUUGCCCGGUGUGCAGGGACAUAUUCCAAGACCCCGUGGUCCUGCUGUGUGGACACAGCUUCUGUGAGCCCUGUCUUCAGGAGUGGUGGGGACAGAGCGCAGUCCAGAGGUGUCCGGUCUGCAUGGACAUCCUGACGAUGGCUCGGCCCGCGCGUAAUUUUGCGUUGAGGGACCUGUCAGACAUCGUGAGGCAGGAGGCGAGUCAGAGAGCGACCUCAGGAGCUCCGGAUGUGUGCGAGCUGCACAACGAGAAGCUCAAGCUCUUCUGUCGGGACGAUCAGCAGCUCAUCUGUCUGGUUUGUAGAUAUGCACAAAAACACGAGAAGCACAACUUUGCUCCCAUCAAUGAAGCAGCAGAGGAGCACAGGAUCAAUAUCAGGAGUCAGCUGAUGCAUUUAAAUUCCAAGCUGGGAUCAUUGAAAGCACAUCAGCUCAACUGCAAUAAAAUGGCCAGCCACAUAAAGCUCCAGGCUCAGCAGACGGCGACGACAAUCAAAGAGGAGUUUCAGAAGCUUUACGAGUUACUGAGGAGGAAGGAGGCUUCCCGCAUUUAUGCACUGGAGAAGGAGGCGGCGCUCAAAAGUGACACACUGAACCACAGGAUUGUUCGUGUGAAUAAAGAGAUCGCUUUGCUCACAGAUAGGAUUGAAACUAUUCAUCAGGAGCUUAAAGCUGAGGACCUGGCAUUCAUGCUGAAUGUCAAGUCCACUUUGGAGCGAUCAGAGUGCAAUGUGCAAGAGCCAGAGACUCCACCAGGAGGCCUGAUCGAUGAGGCUGAACAUGUCGGAAACCUGCUGUUCAAAGUGUGGGACCAGAUGAAGAAUAUAAUCAAAUACACCCCUGUAACUCUGGACCCAAACACCAGUGGCACACAACUGAUUCUAUCAGAGAAUCUGACUCAUGCAUUAGAAAGUAAGGCGGCUCAGCAGCUUCCUGACAACCCAGAGAGAAAAGGCCCUCGCAUUGUUCUCGGCUUUGAAGGAUUUACAGUUGGGAUACCCAGCUGGAGUGUGGAGGUGAAUGGUUGUUGGGCUGUUGGUGUGGCUGCUAAAACCAAGCAUGCAACCCUUGCACCAAUCUUGGGCAUUUAUACAGAUGGUCCUGAAGGACCAUUGUUUGACUUUAAUACUGACAAAAGAAUAGAUUCCAUUUCAACAGAUGUAUUACCCAAAAAUAUCAAAGUGAGGCUAGAUUUAGUCCAUAGAACAGUUUCAUUUUUCGACCUUGAUAGGGAAAAAUGUAUACACGUUAUCUCGCUCUCUUCCAGAGAGAAGCUUUUUCCAUAUUUUCAAGGGACUGUGAAAAUCUUUCCAGCUGGGGUGAGGACAACCCUGAUGAUUGAUGCCUCUCAUACAAAAUCGACUUACCCGGAAGUCAAAUACAGACCCUGAUUUUGCUCAUUAAGAAAGUGAUGUAUGUAUGUAUUGAUAAAACUUAUUUACUGCAUUAUAACGCAAUUGUCCAGUCAGCCAAGUGGCAGCAGUGCAGUGCAUAAUAGUCUGCAAUCAGAAGCUUCAGUUUAUGUCCACAGCAAACAUCAGAAAAAAUUCGAUCUCAGUGAGUUUGACAUGGGGAUGAUUGUUGGUGCCAGACAGGCUUCAUGUUUGAGUAUUUCCAAAACCCAUCUCCUUGGACUUUCACACGCGUGUUGGGUUUACUCAGAAAAGUGCGAAAAACCUCCAGCGAUGAUGUUCCACCCAGCGGUUCUGAUGGUCGGACUGGUUGGAGCUAACAGAGGAGGCUAUCGUACCUCAGAGAACCACUCUAUAUGUGUGUGGUGUGGAGGAAGGCAUUUCAAAUGGUUUAACCUUGAGGUGGACUGGCUACAGCAGAAGAAGACCAUGCUGGGGCAGUGGGCUCAAGACCUGAAUAACAUAGCUCGGUCUGAUGAAUCUGGAUUUCUGCAUGAGGCAAAGCAUGAACCCAAGGACCCAAAGUGAGUCAGUGUAGGAUGGACACCAACAAGCUGUUAAUCACACAGUAUCCAUGCUCCAAUGUAUACUUUGAUUUAUCAUCUAUUUGACUCUCAAAGGGGACAGUAAUUUACUGAAUGAACAUUUUGCUGCAACGAAGAGGACAUGAAGAUAGCAAUUGUACAGGAGCCGAGAGGUCACAACCCAUAAAAAUACAGAAAGGCAUUCGAUUAGUGACGUUAUUAAAGUCUGCUGUUGGUCAGUGGUGAUGGAACUUCACAAAGCCUUGAUCUACAGACAGGUUCAUCACUUUUUUUGGUCCCCUCGAAACAUUUCCGGUGUCGUUUUUUAUGUAUUUGCACGAUCUCAUUUGGCCACCAUGCAAAUGAGACCCUGAUUUCCUUAUGAAAUUGUUAACUGACGCUAUAUAUGAGGUGAGAAGUAAAGUCAUUUUCUCAUCGAUUUUUUUUAGAAACACUUGUUUUGUGCAACCAGUCGAGUCGCCCUCUGCUGGACAAGUUUCGGGCUAAAUAUAUUUAUCUGCUUGAGGUUUGAACGUUUGAGUUUUUGAGUAACCUUUGGUUUAUUUUUUUUAUUAUGGUCUGAAGGCUAAUGCAAUGACUUUUAUCAUGUACAUGUCUCAUUUAUUUUGGGUUUUCCUGCCUCGUUUGUUGUAUAUCUGUUGGAAAUAAAAUACACUUAAAAAUAUUUAAUAGGUUUAAGCAAGAGAAAAACAAACAAAUAAACAAUAUGCAGCUCUGA